AUGUUAACUGACACAGAAUUAGUCUUGCCGAAUUUUACUGAAUUACGUAUUUAUCCAUCAUUCACAGAAAUUCGCCAACAGUACAAUGCACCAAAAAAUUUCACCAUUUAUUUUUCGCGGGAUGUGUUUUCGAAUAUUGCUCGAGGUUCAUUGUCGAUCGAAGGUGUUCCCAUUGAAUCUAAACAAAUUGUUCCCAAAGCAAACAAUCUCGAAAAUCAAACGAUCUUUGUUCAACGUCACUCGAAUGAAGAACCUCAAGAAUGUAAUGUUAUUCAAACUGAUGGUCUUCUUUUACAAAAUAUUAAAACAAAACGAUAUUUUCAUGCUCAACGACAUGAAAUCGAAUAUAUUAACAUUCCGGAACAAGAAGGAACUGAAGUGACAUAUGUCUUAAAACAUCAAGGCAAAGCAACAUUAAGCUAUCAGAUUCAUGGUAUCACUUGGUCACCACAGUACGAUUUGAGUAUUCUAUCCGAUGAUUGCCAACACAUGUUUCAAGCAUUUGCCGAAAUUACGAAUGGAACAAAACAAGUAUACAGAAUCGAUCAAACAGAAUUGCUCGGUGGUGACAUAGUGUUACGAAGAGAUGUUGCAUCGAAACGACGUCGUGAUCGAUCGAGAAGUAGGAGCAGAAGUUCAAGUGAGUCAUCUGAUGAGGAUGACGAAGAAUUUGACUCUUGUGAUAUAACACCGGCGGUUGGUGAACCAGGAGAGCUAGCAGGUCUCUAUCGGUAUUCAAUUGAUCAACCAUUUGUUCUCUUGGCAAAGUCGACAUUUGGUUUACCAUUCAUUAAUGCAACAAUUCAAGUAAGCAAAUAUGUCGGUCUGACACUUCCAUUUACUAGUCACACUCAAAUUCGAAAGUUGCAACGAAAGUAUCGUAUUGAAUCUAUUGAUAAAUUUCUUCCUGGCGGACCAUUGACUAUUCGAGAAUAG